AUGGAACCCAGUAGUGGUUACAUCGAGAGUAAGAAACUAUUAGAAGAAAAGUACGGUGAUCCGUACAAAGUAUCGAACGCAUACCUAUCAAAAGUGACUAAUUGGCCCGUCCUCAAGUCUGGUGACGGUGCAGCUUUAGACAUAUUUGCAACUUUCCUUACUCAAUAUCAAAAUGCUAUGGAGUCGCUGUCGUAUCUUGUCAUUCUUGAUCAUCCACAGAACCUGCAGUCUUUGGUAAAAAAGCUCCAGUUUUUCCUACAAGAGCGUUGGAGACGAGAAGUAAUACUGAUACGAGAAAGGAAGAAAGUUCCAGAAUUUGAGCACUUCGUAAAAUUCGUUAAAGAGGAAGCAUAG